CGCAUAUGUUUAGAGCGCAGGGGGAUCACGCAUCGUUCUCCAACUGUUGUCUUGGACUUGCGCUCUCGCCCCGUUUCGUCACUGCACAUCAAAACUUUCCCCUUUGGUGGGCCCUUUGGCACGAUGAAGCAGUUUGCAGAUUUGACGCUGAGCUAGAAGAGCUGCAGAACUUAAGGACUCUGAGCCUUGACAUCCGUUUGACGAUCACUGGAGCGUCAUUGCACACUCCCACCCUGCCCUCGGUGACCUUGAAACAAGUCGAGGAAUUCAAGUUUUGUAUAGGUAUCUCAACUCCCGAGAGCGUCGCGAUGAUCAACGCGUUCAGGCUUCCAUCACUGAAGCGUCUCAUGAUUCAUCGAGCUCGAUACAAUCCCUCCUACACACAGACAGAGCUACUCCAGCUCGACAGCUUCCUCGGUGGGAGCAACUCGCUCACCAUUCUGCAGCUCAGCGACCAAGCCAUCGGCUUAAACGGGUUUCUCUCCACCCUUGCCACGAAUCCCAUCACAAGCCUCGCGUUUAGCAUGUCUUCUCGCUACCUCGAGGUGCUCCGCAAACUUGUGUAUGACCCCAAGGCCCGCAGCGCUUCUCCACUCUGCCCCGCCCUUCGGACGUUGAAGAUCACGGGGAUAGCAGAUUCAGAGCUUCCGCUUCUUUGCGGAGUGAUUGAAUCGCGUCGUGUAUCGCCAGGAGUUCCGAGUCUGACGAAUGUAGCCGUGCUCAAGACCCUUAAUGGGACGGUCUUCCGAGACGACGAGAAGGCACCUCGUGGCCUUCAAGAGCCUUUUGAUACUGGAAAGCCCGAUGAGACGUUAUACGACGGCGCGCUUAGGGUGUUCACUGAAAGCAAUC